AGAGUGAGGGAGAGUCGUGAAAGUUGCUUAUUUACAGACUUUCCCCUUUAGGUCACCAAAGGGGAGAAUUGGCUAAAUGUUUGCACUGAAAAGAAUAAGAGUCCAGUCUUUGUUUUGCCAAGAACAUUCUCCAGUUACAGCUUGAGUCAUCUCUCCUAGAUCCUGAAACUAGCAGCAGGUAGGUGAUAGUCUCUCGGUCCCUGACAGGUCUCCACUUGUCUUGAUGCCCCGCCCCCUCCGCAGGAGCCCGCACGGCCGAUUGGCUAGGAGCACUUGGGCGGCGGAAGCAGCUGGCUCCCGCGGGGACUGCGGGGAGGGGGCGAGCCGUGAAGAUGGCGGCAGUGGUGGAGGUAGAGGUUGGAGGAGGUGCUGCUGGGGAACGGGAGCUGGAUGAGGUUGAUAUGUCAGACCUCUCCCCAGAGGAGCAAUGGAGGGUCGAGCACGCACGCAUGCAUGCCAAGCACCGUGGCCACGAAGCCAUGCAUGCUGAAAUGGUCCUCAUCCUCAUCGCUACUUUGGUGGUGGCCCAGCUGCUCCUGGUGCAGUGGAAGCAGAGGCAUCCCCGCUCCUACAAUAUGGUGACCCUCUUUCAGAUGUGGGUUGUUCCCCUCUAUUUCACAGUAAAGCUGCACUGGUGGAGGUUCCUAGUGAUCUGGAUCUUGUUCUCUGCUGUCACAGCCUUUGUCACCUUCCGAGCCACCCGAAAACCUCUAGUACAGACAACCCCAAGGUUGGUUUAUAAGUGGUUCCUGCUGAUCUAUAAAAUCAGCUAUGCUACUGGCAUCGUUGGCUACAUGGCUGUCAUGUUUACCCUCUUUGGUCUUAACCUAUUAUUCAAGAUCAAACCAGAAGAUGCCAUGGACUUUGGGAUUUCUCUCCUCUUCUAUGGCCUCUACUAUGGAGUUCUUGAACGGGACUUUGCAGAAAUGUGUGCAGACUACAUGGCAUCUACCAUAGGGUUCUACAGUGAAUCAGGCAUGCCCACCAAACACCUCUCAGACAGCGUAUGUGCCGUGUGUGGACAGCAGAUCUUCGUGGAUGUCAGUGAAGAGGGCAUCAUUGAGAACACAUAUAGACUGUCUUGCAAUCAUGUAUUCCAUGAGUUCUGCAUCCGUGGCUGGUGCAUCGUGGGAAAGAAGCAGACGUGUCCCUACUGCAAAGAGAAGGUGGACCUCAAAAGGAUGUUCAGCAAUCCCUGGGAGAGGCCUCACGUCAUGUAUGGACAGCUGCUGGAUUGGCUUCGAUACUUGGUAGCCUGGCAGCCUGUCAUCAUUGGCCUCGUGCAAGGCAUCAACUACAUCCUAGGCCUGGAAUAGUCAGGAAGAACAUCAGUGGAGAACCCACCCCACCCACCGUGGACCUCAGGGCACUCUCCUCCCUGCCCACAAAGACUUCUUGGGUGGGAAAGACUCACAGGGGCACUUGGGCCACUCAGGACCCCUCCGGCUGUGUCCGGACUGGUAUGAGACAUGAUGGAGAGCCAGCCAGUGGGGCUGUCAGCAGUGGGGGGCUUUUUAAAAGAAAACUAUUUUGAUGAAUAUAUUUAAAAAAUCUUUUUUAUUGUGGAGCAUAGGAAUUGCCCCCCUCCAGGCCUCACUUUCCCGCCUGAGCAGGGUGGGAGCAGAGCCAUUUUUGGUUUAAAGAAGCCUUCUCCCUGGGGUUGAGAGUACUCGUGGGCUCUCAAGUAGCUCGUGCAAAGCAUCAACUACAUGGUUGUUGAGUCAGCCCACCUGCUUCCCUGUCCUUCCCUCUGUGGGGCUCAAGCCUGAGGAAGAGCUGGUAAGCUCAGGCUGGUGCCACCGGUGAGCAAGCACCGAGGGCCCAAGUGUGUUCCUCCCCCAUCCAGGAGCUAUGGGCUAGUUAAUGCAAGUGGAACCUCAUCUAGGACUUCCCUAACAGAGGAAGACCUGGGGCCUCUCAAUUCAUUGAAAAUUUGUUUUGGGACAUUUGGAAGAAUUAGCCACAUGAAGAACCUGCCCUUGGGUGGGGUAUGGUCAGCCAAGAAUAGAGGCCAUUUAUAUAUUGGGCCCUGGGGGCAGCUAUUGGCCAUGAUUGAGGGGCCCUAUGCAAGCUGAUUCUCAGUGAAUCCUGUGGAGUAGUGGUGAUGGUGACAUGUGCCAAAGGCCUCUCUGCCACUUCCUUAUUGAAAGCCUGAGAAAGAGUGCAAAUGUAUGUGAGUCUGUGUGCAUGUAUGCGUGGCAGUGGGCUGUGACAGAUGUCAACUUCUUGUCACACGAUGUGCCCUUGAAGCUGGUCGGGGAUUGCCAGCCCAGAGACUGUCCUCCAUGAGCUUUGUCAUUCAUGAAUGGUCCUUCCUGAGCCUGAUGACAGGAGUGGUGGGUGGAUGGAAAGAGGGAUAAGACCUUGGUGAGUAUGGGUUCUGAAAGGGUCUUAGGAGUUUUGAAGAAAAUAAGAGGCCAAACAUGGGCCUUCAGCACUGGGUUUCCAGGAAAUAUGGCCCAACAAGAACCAAGCAGGGUCUUGUCACUCCCGUCUGAAUAAAGCUCCAUGAGCUGGGUUGGAAA